AUGGGGAAAUCGGAGCCUCCAUUCCUUUACGAUCGCCCAUCUACCUACAAUUUCCAUGGUCCGACCGACCAGGGCUUCAACCCAAAGGCCGUCACGCAGGCAAGCCGGGUUCGCGAGCAGCCGAAGCCCAAGCAAACAGGCCCGCUCCUGAACUUCAAUCGCCAUCCAGAUUCUUGGGCCAGCAGCCUCGACAAAUCAACAUGGACUCCGAUGCACCCCAACACCAAGAACAGAGUCAAGUACACUCGUGGUACUCAACUCGGGUUGCGAGUUCUCACCAUUCUGGGUGCUUUAGGCUCCCUCUUCUGUUCCAUCGUUAUUAAAGAUGCCGCGACGACUGUGAUUUGGAUCAUUCGGGCGGGACCCAUCGUCGCAAUCAUGCAUACCAUCUACGGUAUUUGUCACCUGUCUCGCUCUCCGGCUCCCCGUCCCCCUGCUUCGCAAGCCAGCUAUGGAGUGUUCGCUUCCACGCUCGAUUUGGGGCUGAUCCCAUUCUACGUGUUUACCGCAAUUAUUGCGCACGCGGAAUACACAGAAGAUGCCUACCACUGGAGUACCAUGUUCAAAAGUACCGGGUUGACCGGGGACAUUUCCGAGGCUAUGUUCAUUUGCGCCCUGGUCAAUGCCGGGUUGCACCUUGUGUCGCUUUCCCUGUCAAUCUACCUCGCUGUGAUCUUCCGCAAGAUUUCAAACUUGCCACCGGAUCUGAACCCACUGGAAGACAACCUGACUGCACGUCCCAAGAGAAGCCGCAAGGAAAUGAACAUGGACGAAAAGCAUAUGAGUUCUUCCACGUUGGCGUCGACCAUAGAAGAUCCUCUUAUUGGCCCUCCCCGCUCUGUGCCGUUUAUACAUACGCGCAACCAAUCCUUUGGCGGCGGUUCUAGUCGAGGAUCUGUGGAUAUCAUGAAUGAGAAGCGCCACUCCGAAACGUCUUUCCAGCAACACCGUCUAUCUCACAUGGAGCCCGCAAGCCCAGAGAUGCUCUUCUACCAGCCCCCCAGUCAGCCGUUUGAUCUCACAUCCCAAACCUCGGCACCGGAAUAUAGAAAUGUGCCAAAGCAACUGCCAGAAUUUGUUGAUCCCACUACUCACAUGCGUCAUUUGGCGUCUCGCACCGCGGACAGGUCAGACUCGGUGAGCCCCUUGUCCGACAACUGGAUUGCAUACUCAGAUCGAGCUCCGUCUCCAAUUAAUGAUGUUCAUAAUCAGAAUGAGACUACCCUCCGUCAGUCGUCCUCUGUUUACAGUCGACGAACUGAUGCAACAGGUGCCUCCACUGGAAGUGGUAUUAGAGACUGGUUCGCAUACGGUCAGAAGCCUGCCAGUAUUGGGAGCGCGAUUCCUGAAGAUACUCGCGGCGAAUACGCCUCUGUGGCAGCAAAUGAGUACUACGGCCAUGAAGACGACAAUGAUCACGAGCAGGAUCUAGGUGAUACUCGCUUCAACAUUUUCCCCGACCCUGAAGAACAUGAAAUAGACACACAGGAUGAACCAGCUCACGGGCUUCCAUUCAACCCCCUCAUGCUCAACCCUCCCACCCCGCAGCCUGUUCUGACGGAGAUCCCGGAGAACACCGAUCCUGUGCGCCGCAGUGCGCUGGGCAAUAACCCGAAUAUGUCGCAAAAUCCGAAAGCUCACGAACUUAAGCCACAAGCCACUACCGACUCUCCUCCAACAAAGAGCCGCUUCUACGGUGGCCUGGAGGAAGAAGGAAAACCGAGACGCGUCCGUUCGCGAGAACCGAGUGGUCAGGACCAAAUGGCUCGCAAACCGACCAAGCUCUCCAAGAAGCGUAGCAAGAAGAUGGCUGCCUACCAAACGCUUAAAAAGGAUGACAGCGGAGACGAGGGUCACAUGAGUCCCCCAGUCCCGUCAUCCCCGGCCUUGAACGAGGGAGAUCGUAAGGGUCGCGUGGUCAGCAAUACCGGUGCAGACACCUUCGGGCAAAGCAUCGUCGGCGGUGUUGGUGUAUCCUUGUCAUCUUAUGGGUCUUACCUCGCUGGACUUGGUGUUCCCAAGGUUGGCACACGUCGGCGUGACGUGUCAGGAAAGGUUGCCGAAGAAGGUCGCGGAGGAAAGAGUAUCGAGGUGGAACCUCACUCGAGCCCUAGUGCAAAUCAAUCACAGACUCGGGCUGCUGGCUGGGCACGAUUUGCCGGUCUGUGA